AGCAGUUCGAGGUUUGUAGACAGUACAGAGAGAUUAUUGUCAGGAUGGCGGUGAAUAUAGCCACAACACUUCUCAUUGCUUCUGGUGUGACUCUCCUGAUUUACUUCAUUAAAUGGUGGAUAAAUGUAAAGAAGAAGAACUUGCCACCAGGGCCCACCCCUCUGCCACUUCUGGGGAAUAUUCUGCAGAUUAGUACCACUGAAAUGCCACAGUCUCUGGUGAAGCUCAGUGAAAUGUAUGGACCUGUGUAUACUGUCUACCUGGCGACCAAUCGAGCAGUCAUGCUGAUUGGCUAUGAUGCUGUGAAGGAGGCCUUGGUUGAUCGCAGUGAUGCGUUUAGUGACAGAGGGGAUAUGGAUCUAACAGAAUUAUUCUUUAAGGACUUUGGGGUCAUCAUGAGCAAUGGAGAGAGAUGGAAGACGAUGCGUCGCUUUUCUCUGACAACACUGAGAAAUUUUGGGAUGGGGAAGAGGAGUGUGGAGGAAAGAAUCCAGGAGGAAGCGCGGUGUCUCAGCGACAGAUUUAUGAAGAUCAAAGAUAAACCAAUAAACCCAAUACAUCUGCUGAGAUUGGCUGUCUCCAAUGUCAUCUGCUCCAUUGUAUUUGGAGAAAGAUUCGAUUAUGAAGAUGAGAAGUUCAUGACACUUCUGAAACUUAUUCAGGAAGUUGUAACCCUGCUGAACUCCAGAUUGGGCCAGCUUCUUAAUCUGUUCCCAGCCUUAUUGACCCGUGUACCUGGCCCCCCAUCGGAAAAUUUUUACAAACUUUGAAAAGCUUAAAGAGUUUAUGAUAGAAAUGGUGGAAGCUCAUAAGGAGACAUUGGAUGAGAACUGCCCACGUGACUUUAUAGAUUGCUUUCUAAUGAAAAUGGAAGAGGAAAAGAACAACCCAAAAACAGAAUUUCAUAGGGAUAAUUUACUAGGAACAGUGAAUGACCUGUUCUUUGCUGCAACUGAGACUACAAGUAUAACACUUCGAUAUGCCUUCUUGAUACUACUUAAAUACCCCGAGAUACAAGAGAGGAUCCAUAAAGAGAUUGACAAUGUGAUAGGCAGUGAUCGCUGUCCAUCAGCGGAGGACAGAAGUAAGAUGCCAUUUACAGAUGCCGUCAUUCAUGAGAUCCAGAGAUUUGCUGAUAUUAAACCAGCAGGACUACUGCAUGCAGCCAGCAAGGACACCAACUUUAGAGGAUAUCACAUUCCAAAGGGAACGUUAGUGUUUCCAAUCCUAACUUCAGUCUUGAAGGACCCCAAACAGUUCAAAAAACCCUGACAAAUUUGACCCUGGACAUUUCCUUAAUGAGAAUGGCACCUUUAAGAAGAGUGAUGCCUUUAUGCCAUUUUCAGCAGGAAAACGUAUGUGUAUGGGGGAGGGUUUGGCUCGCAUGGAACUCUUCCUCUUUUUUGCAACCAUUCUGCAAAGAUUUACUCUGAAACCCACUGUGAACAGAAAGGACAUAGAAAUUACACCAGAGCCCAAAAGCAAUGCUUCCAGACCUCGUGAUUAUGAGAUGUUGGCUGUGCCCCGCUGA